UUAUCUUUCCUCCCUCCUCCUCCGGGACACUGGACAGCGCGCCAGGCAUCUGGAUAAACAUAGUGCAGUGAUGUUUUUUGUAUGACACAUGGUUUUAUUAGUUCAUUAAAACUGCCGACCCCUGGCUGCUGACAACAAGCUUCUCUGACUGCAUCAUGGUCAACCUCUGCUGCCUUUGCUGCGGUGAAAUCCCUCAACCCCGCCCCCCUCCGUCCGGCCAGUCGGGACCACCGCGGGAUCCCCGCUCCGUGCAGCAGCAGCAGCCUGCUGGCUCCGGCCCAGACGGUGUGUUGCUGAAGGGGGGACAGAAAGGGGAAGCAAACGGAGGGAGUAAAGCCAGUGAAUAAAAAAGAGUGAGUAUAUAAUCUCUCUCUGACAUGCGAAAAGUGCAGCAUGCUCUCUUCCGAUCUGGACUCUGCGGAGGACACGGCGGCCAGCGCUCCCAAUGAUGCUGAGGGAGAGGAGCAGGAGGAGUUGGAGGAGGAUUCACCGGCUGAGAGUGAUGUCCAGGAGGAGCAGCGCCCAGUGAAGCAGUCCCUGGGUGCUUGUGUCUGCCGGGAGUCCCAUUGGCGCUGCCUGCUGCUCUCUCUGCUCAUGUACAGCUGCCUGGGCGCGGUGGCCUGGUGCCAGCUGACCCGGGUCACCAAGAUCAGCUUCAACUCGGCUCUCACCUCCUCCUUCCCGGCCUCCUUCACCUCCUCCCUGCGGGGGGCCUCCGGGAUGAGCGUCGGAGGACACUCAAUGAUCUACCACGACAGCCCCUGCUCUGACGGCUACAUCUACAUCCCUCUGGCCUUCCUGCUCAUGCUCUACGUCCUGUACAUGGUGGAGUGCUGGCACUGCAGAGCCAGGAGCGAGCUGCAGUGCAAAGCAGACGUGGACAGCGUGUAUGAGCGCGUGCUGCGGAUGCGACAGGCCCAACCUUGCAUAUGGUGGAAGGCCAUCAGCUACCAUUUUGUCCGACGGACACGGCAAGUCACUCGAUACCGCAACGGGGAUGCCUACACCACCACGCAGGUGUACCAUGAGAGAGUGAACACCCAUGUGGCUGAGGGGGAGUUUGACUACAGCCACUGUGGGAUGAAAGAUGUAUCACGUGACCUCAGUGGCUUGGAGGGGCAUCCAGCAACUCGCCUGCGCUUCACCAAAUGUUUCAGCUUCACCGAGGCCGGUCCAGAAAAUGAUUACCUCAACCAGAGAGCCAGGUUCUUCUCUGAGAUCGAGGGUUUGGACGAUUACAUGGAGGCCAGGGAGGGGAUGCAGCUGAAGAAUGUGGACUUCAGAGAAAACCUGAUAGCCUAUGUAGACCCAGAUAGGAUGCCAUGGUACACUUCUCAGGUUGCCUUCUGGCUGGCAGCUCUGCUGAUGUUGUCCUGGCCUCUGAGAGUGCUGAUAGAGUACCGCACUGCUUAUGUGCACUACCGCAUAGAGAAACUAUUUGGGUUAGAGUACAGCCACAGCAGCCCCUCUCCUCUAGACGAAGACCGGCCUCUGGGGAAUCACACUGGUUGUGUUAUUCCAAGAGUAGACACACUGGACAGCACUGAAAUGGAGUGGCACAUACGCUGUAACCACCAGGUGAUUCCUAGCUACUCCGAGGCCAUGCUGAUAAACAUGAGCACAGCAGACUCUCACUCAUUACAAGACACUGAAUGCACCUCGUCCUCAAACUGCUUCCUCCUGGACAGCAGCCAGACUGCUCAGAGCUACGGCGCUCUCCAAAGCCAGGACGGCAGCGAGCAGCACAGCGAGCCCAACAGACGAGGGGAUGAUGGAGGAGGAGGCAGGACGAGGACCAUCACCAGCUCCAGCUGUUCCUCCAUCUUCUCCUGCCGCGGAGCGCUGUUCCACUCCCACCUCUCCUCGGACACGUCCCGCUUCUCUCUCUGCCGCAUGUACGGCUCCCAGCGCACUGUGGCUCUGUGGAGGAGCCGCAGCAGCAACCUGACGGACCCCUGCUGCGUGGACGAGCAGUGCUGCCGGUCCGACUCCAGCCAGCUGGCGCUCAGUCAGAGUCCACCAACUUAUAGAGACGCCCGGUUCUUCCCAGUUCUCAUUAUGCAUCGGUCUGAGGGAUUUGGCGGGGAGGACGGGAGGGAAGUGAGGCGUUAUUAUAUACGGAGAGGGUCCUCCUGUGUGGAGACAGCUCUGUGAAGGACAUAAAGAGACCUGCUGAUAAGUCAAGAUGGAUUCAAAUCAGUAAUAAUGGAUGGUGUUGUAGGGUUGGGCACUAUUUGCUCCAUAGACAGAGUGACGUUAAUGCUCUUUCAGGAAAUUCCACUGUAAAUAUGAAGUCAAAGAAACUUAAAUACUUUCUAUUUUUUAACACAGACAGCAAAAGGUCAGAGUCCUCGUAUUGAAUUGCACAUGUCCAUAUUAUUACAGUUAAAUUGUCUGUAUGAAAACCGUCACCUCUGCAGUGUCACACUCUCCCUGAGGCAGCAACAGUCUGUCAGCUACUGUGUACAAUGACAAGAAUAACUGAUUAAAUGGUGCAUACAUGCCGCUGAUACAUGGAAACUGCACGACCUCAGCAUCCUACUGUUUUCAUCAAAAUUCAUAUUUUUCAAAAAUCACAGGAAACAAAGCUUCACCACUUCUUACUUUGACAUUGUAUGUGUUAUUAUGUGUGUGUGGGGAGACUUACUAAAAGUGUGCCACUUAGAGGCAGAUGAAAGAAUAAUAUAAGAACGUUGCAUGUUAUUACCAAAGGUAUUGUUUUUUAGUUGAUUCAUAGACAGCAAGGUGAAACCAAAGACAUGAGUGUUCUGUUUAGUUUUUUCCCCAAAUGAUUUUAUUUAACACUACAAAGCAUCUGUUGAUGAGGGAUAUGCUGAGUGGAGAACAUGAACUGGAUGUCAGAAUGUAAGCAAUAAAAGUAGUUCUGAAUUAUUGCAGUAUUUAAUAUCAAUCAGGAGA